AUGACUUUCUUCAAGCAGGUUGUGACCCUCAUGGGCAAGAACCUACGCAUCCUCCUCUUCCGCCACCUUGCCCUCUGCAUCUUGAUGGCCUUUCUCCUCCCGAUCAUCCUAGCUUCGUUCUUCAGCUUCGCAAAGAAUCUCUUUGUCCCGCCCGCGGUGUUUGGAAUAGGCACCCCACAUCCCGUCAAGACGCUGGCUCAGGCAUUCGACAAAGCCCAUGGUAGCAGCCGCGAUAGGUUGGUCCUCGUCAACAAUGGAUUUACAGGCGGCAACAUUGAAUCUGUUCUUGAUACACUUGCCAGCCAGGCUAAAGCCGCGGCCGACUUUGUUGAGGUGGUGCGCGUUGACAAUGAGGACCAGCUCACUACCCAGUGUCGCAGUAGUCUUCGCGGCGUCACAACAUGCUUCGGUGCAAUUGUGAUGCGAUCCUCCCCUGACGAAGGCCCCGGUGGUAUCUGGAACUACACCAUUCGCACCGAUGGCGCUCUCAUCGACAGUGUCGGCAAGAUCGACGUCGAUACAUCCAGCAACGAUCAAGAGAUCUAUAUACUUCCCAUCCAGCGCGCUGUCGACUCCAUCAUUGUCCGUAUGAACAGCUCGAGCGACACUUCUCUUGACAACACCAUGGAGUAUCCCUUUACUACCUUGACCCCAGCGGAGCGCCGAGACCGCAUCCGAAAACUCUACCAAAACGUCAUCACCGGCUGGAUGGGCGUUGCCUUUAUCGCCACUGUCAUCUGGGUCACAUACCAUCUGACUGGCUUCAUCGCUACUGAACGCGAGACGGGCAUGUCCCAGCUGGUUGAUGCCAUGAUGCCCGUGAGCAAACCCUGGAAGGCCCAAGCCGCCAGGAUUAUUGCCCAUCACCUGUCCUUUUCUCUCAUCUACGCCCCUGCCUGGGUUGUCGGCUCCUUGACUAUCCGCCAGGGUGUCUUUACAAACACAAGCAUCGGCAUAGUACUGAUCUUCCACAUCCUUGCUGGUCUAGCCUUUGCCUCCUUUGCCAUCGUCUUCGCCUCUCUUUUCAAGAAAGCCCAACUGAGUGGCAUCACUUCUCUCUUGGGUUGCAUGCUCCUCGGCAUUCUUGCCCAGUCCCUUUCUUCUCCCGGCACUGGUCCGGUUGCUAUCCUGUCACUGCUGUUCUCUCCUUGUGCCUACGUCUUCUUUACCACCUUCAUGGCUCGCUUCGAGAAGUUGGGCAGACCCACUGACCUCAUCGAGGUUGCCCCUGACAGUCCAUGGAAAAUUCCCGGCAUCGUCAUAUGGAUCUUCCUGAUAAUCCAAAUAUUCGCUUACCCCCUUCUCGGUGCCGUCAUUGAAAACGCACUCUAUGGCACCUCGACCAAGGGACGCAAGAUCCUCCUUCAGCAGGACGAGGUGAACAACAUGGGAGACAAUGCCGUGCAACUACAGCUAUUCUCAAAGAUCUACAACCCAGGAAUUCUGUCUCGUCUGUUCAAUCGCGGCGCCGCCAAGAAGGAACCGGUGAUUGCCGUCAACGAGCUAAGCUUCAACGUAGGCAGAGGUCAGAUUGUCGCCCUUCUUGGUGCCAAUGGAAGUGGAAAGAGUACCACCUUGGAUGCUAUUGCUGGAAUGAACAAACUGACCAGCGGAUCCAUCACCAUCGACGGUUCAGGCGGUCUUGGAAUUGCUCCGCAGAAGAAUGUCCUUUGGGAUGACCUAACCGUGGAAGAACACAUCCGCAUCUUCAACCAUCUCAAAGCUCCCAACGCCCGAGCCACUAUCGAGGGAAUUCACGAACUCAUCAAGGCCAUUGACCUUUGGAAGAAGCGAAGGGCUUUUGCCAAGACUCUUUCAGGUGGCCAAAAACGAAAGCUUCAACUUGGAAUGAUGUUGACUGGUGGCAGUGCCGUUUGCUGUGUUGAUGAAGUUAGCAGCGGUAUUGACCCUCUCUCGCGACGAAAGCUUUGGGAUAUCCUGCUGGCUGAGCGUGGUAGAAGGACAUUGAUUCUGACAACCCAUUUCUUGGACGAAGCCGACCUCCUCGCCGAUCACAUUGCUAUCCUCUCCAAGGGAACUCUCCGCGCCGAAGGAUCAUCUGUCGCACUCAAGGACAGACUUGGCGGAGGAUACAAAGUCCAUGUGCCCAAGGAUCAAGGUUUCGAAGCGAGCCCCGAUAUUGAUGGAGUGAAUAAGAAGGAUGCAUUUGAUCUGGUUACCUAUACUGCACCCUCCUCUCAACUUGCUGCAUCUGUCAUCAAGGACCUUGAAACCGCCAAAAUCAACGAGUAUCGCUUCUCCGGCCCCACCAUCGAAGACGUCUUCCUCCAAGUUGCAGAAGAAAUCAGAGAGGAAGAAGCUUUCCGAGACACGAAUCCCAUGUCCGCCCCGUCCAACGACACCGAAAAGUCUUCUGAAAAGGAAAGCGGCGCUCCCAAGGGUCUGAAGCUGCUAGAUGGACAGAGAGUCGGAUACGUGAAGCAAACCUCCAUUUUGUUCAUGAAGCGUUUGACAAUUCUCAAGAGAAACAGGAUCCCCUACAUGGUUGCCUUUGUUCUUCCAAUCAUCGCGGCAGGAUUGACUUCGCUUUACAUCAAAGGCCAGGACCCCACCGGUUGCUCUCCAGCUGAUCAGGCCUCGACCUCGUCGACUGAAGAUGCCUUCAGUCAAAUCAACUCGGAUCGCCGUGUCAUCUUCCUAGCAGGUCCACCGUCUAAGCUGUCUACAUCUGUCUUGACUAGCCUUUUUGCACCCCUCUUCAGUGGCCUGAGAAGCGAUUCUUCCGCUGCCACCAGCGCUCUGUCAAACCUGGAGGUUGUCGACACGUUUAGCGAUUUCCAAUCGUUCAUUGAAAAGCACCGCAAAAACGUCACCACGGCCAUGUGGCUGGGAGAUAAGGACCAAGACCCCACGAUUGCCUGGGUUGCCAACUUGUUCCUCACUAGCCCAAUGACCGCCCAGCAGUUCCUCGAUGUCAUCUUGACCAACACGUCCAUCGCCACAACUUGGUCUUCCUUUGAGAUUCCCUUUAGCCCCAGCACUGGCGACGCCUUGAACUUGAUUGUCUACAUGGGCAUUGCGUUGUCGGUAUACCCAGCCUUUUUCGCUCUCUACCCCAGCAUGGAACGCCGCAGAUUCGUUCGUGGCCUUGAAUACUCCAAUGGUGUUCGCCCAUUCCCUCUCUGGAUCGCAUAUCUUCUGUUUGACUUUUCCAUUGCCCUUGUUAGCUCUGCAAUCAUCACAGCUAUAUGGGCUGGCAUCUCUAACAUUUGGUUCCACCUGGGCUACGUUUUCCUGGUGUUAUUUCUGUAUGCCAUCGCAGCAAUCCUAAUGGCCUAUGUCAUUUCCCUCUUCACCAAAACUCAGCUUGGCACUUAUGCUUGGGCUGCAUCCACCCAGGCCUUUUUCUUCUUGAUUUACUUGAUUUCGUACAUGUGCGUCAUCACUUAUUCUCCAGUUACGAAGAUCGACUCGAGCCUCCUCUAUGUCCACUUUGUCAUAUCUGCACUUGCACCCAUCGGAUCCGUCUUGAGAGCGUUGUUCGUCUCGCUAAACCUCUUCUCCACUGCCUGCGACGGCGAUAUCCUUGUUUCCAACCCUGGGGGAAUCCUGUUCUAUGGUGGUCCGAUUCUCUACCUCAUCAUCCAAUCCUUUGUCCUGUUCGGACUACUCAUCUGGUUGGACCAGGGUUCUGCCGGCUCGUCUCUUCUCGGACUCUUUGGCAGCAAGAAGAAGCCAGUGCCCGACCCAGAGCUCUCGGAUGAAGAGAUUUCCAACGAGCUCGCUCGAGUCACGAGCAGCGCAGCGAAUGAGAAUGGCCUGCGCGUAGUGAAUGUCACAAAGAACUUUGGCAAGAACAUCGCGGUCGACAACGUCACCUUCGGUAUCAAGCGCGGCGAGGUCUUUGCUCUUCUAGGACCCAACGGUGCCGGCAAGUCCACUACCAUUUCGAUCAUCCGCGGCGAUAUUAAACCUAGCCGCAACGGCGGCGAUGUUUUUGUCGAGGACGUUUCUGUCACCAAGAACCUUGCUGAUGCUCGAGCCAACCUCGGUGUUUGCCCCCAGUUUGAUGCAAUGGAUCAGAUGACGGUUAGGGAGCAUCUGGAAUUUUACGCCAAGGUUCGGGGUAUCCCAGAUGUGGAUCAUAAUGUAAACGCCAUACUACAAGCUGUCGGCCUCAGUUCAUUCUCCACUCGCAUGGCGAAUGCCCUCUCCGGGGGUAACAAACGUAAGCUGAGUCUCGGAAUUGCACUCAUGGGCAAUCCCACGGUGGUACUACUUGAUGAACCCUCUUCUGGUCUUGAUGCUGCUUCCAAGCGAAUCAUGUGGAAGACACUCGCCGCAACAGUACCGGGCCGAUCUAUUCUCCUUACUACCCACAGCAUGGAGGAGGCUGACGCUUUGGCUGGCCGCGCUGGUAUCCUCGCUCGACGCAUGCUUGCUUUGGGAACCCCGGAUGACCUCCGUCACCGCUUCGGCGAUGCCCUACACAUUCACCUUGUUUCCAAGACCGCGCCUCGUACCACUCCUGAGGAUAUGGACCGCAUUAUCCAAUGGAUUCGUCAAACUUUACCCUCCGCGGAAGUCGACGAGAAGACGUAUCAUGGCCAGAUCCGAUUCUCGGUGCGCGCGAGCCAGGUCCUUGCCACUACACAGGGUCGUGAGGAGAGCGAGAUCAUCAAGGCUGGUCAGAACAUUACCCAGAGUGCCAUUGGCCAUCUGGUAAUUUUGCUGGAGGAGUACAAAGAGCAGUUGGGUGUUGGUCACUACAGUGUCAGCCCAACGACCCUAGACCAGGUAUUCUUGACAAUUGUCGGAAAGCACAAUGUGAAGGAGGAGAACUCGGAAGAGAAGAAGGAGAGCACGUGGAUGAGAAUCUUAAAGUUUGGGUCAUCUUAAGCUGGACUUGGGCUUGAGAUUUGUUUGUAUUGAUGCACGUUAUAUUCCUAAUGAUACCUCCCUCUACAGAGCAUGUUUCCUUGGACAUGUAGUUAGAAUGGUCUUCGAAGACUAGCCGUAAUCGAUUUUGUUUGUUACAAUGCACUUACAAUGUUCUCGUGUUCCUUCUUUCUUUAUUGUAAGGCAUGUGCGCUCCCAUUGCUCUCUUUGUCGAGUUUGCAAACACCACUGG